CAAGUGUGCCGUGUAGAAAGCGUGCAAUUGUGUCGCGUAUCCGUGGUUGCUCUUGUUGACUGUUUGUGAAGCGUUCGACAUGAAAGAUGCACUCAGCCAUAACCAGGGUAAUAUCGCAUAAGCGAGCUCGUUUUGUCCAAAGGCUGGUAAAAAUAAAGCGAAAUUGACGACCAAUCAGAUUGAAGAUCGCACCGGAGCAGCCAAUGAGUGAAUUGAAGAGCAAUUCACUUGGCGUUUGACUGCGACCAUUUGGCUUCCUAAUUAUCCUUAUCGUAAGAACAAUCACUUUUAUCAGACUAUUGAUUUACUCAAUAGAAAUCAAGUCAUAAGCAAGUCUCUGGCAAAUAAGUAGGACCACAGCGGGCUGUUGUGAAGACACUCCGCAGCGGUUAAGAGGCCAGCAAAUACUGAGAGGUCACCGGACCACACUCACGGAACUAAUCCGUGUGUGUUUAAUCGUACAGAAGACUACGAGAAGAUGCUGCAAGGGUAUCCAAUACGUCGAGGUAAAGGCAGCCACCGCAACACAUGGCAUGCUCAUUUCUACUCCACACCACCGGCGAACCCAACUCCGCAUUUCAUCGAAGAUAUCUUGGGUUUGAAGUCGUCUAUGACAAGCAGGGGCAAAGGACUGAAGAAAUACGACGAGGAAAAUGCUAUGGAAGAUCAUGAUGAUACGUAUCGACAAUCAAAGCAAAAAGAAAAAUGCAAAUCACGCGGUAUAAAAGGAGCUAUUAUGGAAAAGAAUAGAGAUAUUCCACGCACAAAAAUCAAGGCAGCGUCGACGACCAGGACUACAAAGAAGGAAAAAACCCCAUCCAAAAUGGCUAAGCAAACACUGACAGCAAAACAGGAGAAUCAGGUCGAGGGAAAGAAAAAGAAGAAGGCGCGGACGACCUUCACUGGCCGACAAAUCUGGGAACUCGAGAAUACUUUUAAAGAGAAGAAGUACCUGACAUCCUCGGAGAGGAAUGAGCUCGCAGAGCUGCUGAAUGUCACAGAUUGCCAGGUUAAAAUUUGGUUUCAAAACAGGCGUACCAAAUACAAAAAACUCGAGGUCACGCCGACGAACGGCGAUGACGAGAUCGGCGAAGAAUCGUUGAGCGCCAGAUGUUCUCCGGCAUCACCGAUAACUUCCGAAGAUUCAACAACACACGACACCGAAGCGUCGUCUGGAAAGAUAUCACCAGAGAGGUUUUGCAUAGGACAAAAAUUUUCGGAGAAAAACGAUAGAAAUGAGGAUAAGGAGGACGAGGACGUCUUCAUGGACGUCGAUGACAAAGGCGACUAAAUUUAGUCGAAAAUCAGUACUGUUUAUUUGUUUGAAACGUUGCAAAUUAUUGCUUGUUUUCAUUUUGCGUGAUAAACUGCUGGUAGGUGCCAUCGUGGUCAACUAUACAGAGUUUACUUCGGCUUUUAAAUACGCAACCAAGAUGGCGGUAAUUGCAAACAACGUAUGUAUAAGUACUUCAUGUUAGUGUUUAUGUGUUACAGUGCUCUAAGCACCUUUUAGAUAAAAAGAGAAAUAAAAUGAUAAAGUACUUUGGGCUUUGCUGUAAAUAUAGACAAGAAUUGUAAUUUUUAGAACGUAAUAAUCACAAUAU